GCCCCCCAGCCAUGUCCGAGACCUACGACUUCCUCUUCAAAUUCCUUGUGAUUGGCAGCGCUGGGACGGGGAAGUCUUGCCUGCUCCACCAGUUCAUAGAGAACAAAUUCAAGCAGGAUUCCAACCACACCAUCGGCGUGGAGUUUGGGUCAAAGGUGGUGAAUGUCGGGGGCAAGACGGUGAAGCUCCAGAUCUGGGACACGGCUGGGCAGGAGCGCUUUCGGUCGGUAACGAGGAGCUACUACCGGGGAGCCGCUGGUGCCCUGCUGGUCUAUGACAUCACCAGCAGAGAGACGUACAAUGCCUUGACCAACUGGCUGACCGAUGCCCGCACCUUGGCCAGCCCCAACAUCGUCAUCAUCCUCUGCGGGAACAAGAAGGACCUGGACGGGGACCGAGAGGUCACGUUCUUGGAGGCCUCGCGCUUUGCUCAGGAGAAUGAGCUGAUGUUCCUGGAGACCAGUGCCUUGACGGGGGAGAAUGUGGAGGAGGCCUUCUUGAAAUGUGCCCGGACCAUCCUGAACAAAAUAGAGUCAGGUGAGCUGGACCCGGAGCGGAUGGGCUCAGGUAUCCAGUACGGGGACGCUUCCUUGCGACAGCUACGCCAGCCGCGGGGGACGCCAACACCGACCAGGCAGCAAUGCAACUGCUAGACAGGCCUUGAAAUAGUCUUGCAAGUGCUGGCUCUCGACUGCUCCGGACCAGUGCUGUACGAAGCACCUUCCUCCCAUCUCUUCCCUGGGCCGCUCUCCCUCCUGUUCUCCGAGGAGACCUGCCGCAUCUUCGCAUCGCUUCCUCCCGGCCAGAGUCCCGGUGCUCGGCCGCUUCAGGCUCAGACUUCCAGUGGGGCCUUUCCCCUGCCCCGCCGGCACCAGUGACUGCUCCGGCUUUGUGGGCAGCGGGUUCUCGGAAGCCAGGCGGGGGAGCCUGUGAAGG